AUGGAGAAAUUUUUGGGUCAUUUCCCGCCGGCCGCGCCUCAAAAUCAGAAUAAUGGCAACGUUCCCAGGCCGAAGCGGCUAGCGUGUAUGAUAUGUCGAAAACGCAAGCUCAGAUGCGACGGCGUAAAGCCGAGUUGUAGCACGUGUACGAGGUUAGGACACGCUUGCGCCUACGAUGAAGUGAGACGAAAGAGUGGCCCUAAAAGGGGAUAUGUGAAGGCUUUAGAAGAGAGACUGAAACAAGUCGAGACGCUCUUGAACAAAACCCAAGAGCCGUCUUUUACCGUCGGGGUUGAUAAGGGCAAAACGCCAAACGCCACCUUCGAACAACCGAAUCGCAACCAACGAACCGCUCCGACGCCCAAUUUCAAUAUCCCAAAUCCUCAAAUAAACAUCUCAAGGGAUCGUGAUAUGGACCAAUGGCAUUUCAAUGCGGAGUCACCACAACCCGCCGCCGGCUUAGAUGAAUUUCACUUUGGCGGGAACUUGAACUUGGGCGGUAUGGACAGCAGUUUUACGUGGGAGAUGAUUGGUCUUGGACUAGAGGAACCUCUCCCGCCGCAGGAGACGAUCGAUGAACUGCAUCAAAUAUACUUCGAUAAGAUCCAUCCAUCGUUGCCCAUGAUUCAUAAAUUCCGGUACCUAGCAGCAAUGAAUUUGGCUCCGAACCAACGACCUCCCGUUGCACUGCGAUAUGCGAUUUGGACUCAGGCCUGUGCGGUCGCAGACAAAUUCGCGGAUUUAAAAGACCUCUUUUACCAGCGCACUCGUAAGUAUAUUGAGGCGGAUUACGUCAAAGGCUAUGGUGAGCACAUGAUUUCAGUAGCCCAUGCUCAAACUCAUGUGCUGCUUGCCUCGUAUGAAUUCAAGAUGAUGUACUUCCCAAGAGCAUGGAUGAGCACAGGCGCUGCUGUGCGCCUAUGCCAGAUGAUUGGACUGCACAGACUUGACGGAACGGGCCUUGAUGUGAAGCAAUGUCUUCCGCCUCCUCGCGACUGGACGGAGCGUGAAGAGAGGCGAAGGACCUUUUGGAUGGCCUUCUCGCAGGACCGGUAUGCAAGUAUCGGUACCGGUUGGCCUAUGACGGUCGAUGAGCGAGAUAUCAUGACCAAUUUGCCAUCUUCAGAGGAGGCGUUCGAAAUGAGUCGACCGGAACAGACGCAAUCGCUUGCGGACUCAAUGUGCCCAGCUGGAGCCGCCAAGCUUUCAUCCUUUGGAGGUAUAGUAUUGAUGGCCUGUCUGUUUGGCCGCAAUCUCGUCCAUCUUCAUCGGCCAGAUGCCGACGACCGUGACCACGAUCUCAACGGGGAGUUCUGGAAGCGCCACAGGAAUAUGGACAACAUUCUGCUAAAUACGUCCCUCUGUCUACCAAACCAUCUAAAACUUCCUGCCGGGCUCUCCAAUCCCAACAUCGUAUUUACUAAUAUGAACAUCCAUACUUCGACGAUUUGUCUUCACCAGGCGGCUAUCUUCAAGGCAGACCGAAAUAAACUCCCGCCGUCUGUUAGCGCGGAAAGCAAAGUUCGAUGCAUCACGGCAGCGAAUGAGAUUGCUAGCAUCAUGAGAAUGGUAUCUCACUUAGACUUGUGUGCUAUGAAUCCGUUCAUAUCUUUCUGUUUAUACGUUGCUGCACGGGUAUUUGUUCAAUACCUAAAGAGUAGGCCGGACGACAGCCAGACAGCAGAUUCGCUACGGUUCCUCCUUGCUGCUAUGAAUGCAUUGAAGAGGAAGAACCCCUUGACUGAAUCAUUCUUGGUACAAUUAGAUGUCGACCUGGAAGCAUUAGGAACGCGAAUACCUAAGCUCAAGUCUGCCUUCCCGAGGAGUGCGGAUAGCUUCGCGGGCCAAAACUGGCUUGCGGGAGAACAAAGCUCGGCUACUCGUAACCAGAAUACCAGUAAUAAUAAUUGCAACCACGCAACAAUUCCGCCCAUAAUGUUCCCAGGGUUCGUAGAAGGGACUGGGAGCGAUUCAAACGAUAUAUCAGCAUCGUCAAAUACCGAUGGGCCAUCGAAUAGACCAACGCCAAACUCGAGUACCGCCUCAGAUAAUCGCCAGAGCGCGACAGGGCCUGGUCAGAUGGCAAACUCAAGCAGCAGGAGAUCUUUUGAUACUAGUCCUAUCGGAUCCCACCAGAGUCUAGGACCGCAAGCCGAGAUAGACGCGACUACAGCCGCUUUCUUUCAAAUGGGGGGUGGUGGUACAGGUAUGACUCCGGACCAAGGCUUCACACUUCCAGAUAAUUGGGCUGGGCAAAAUGAUAUGACUCCAGUAGCCGACGGAGUUCUUCAACACCUAUUGGAUGUACGAAUGGAUUUGGGAUGGGACUCUAACACAUGA